CUCUACCUCCAGCCAAAGCAUGAAUGGCAUCGAGGUGGCUUCCCCUGGCCUGAUGGCCAACUCCUCCCUGGCCCCCACGGAGCAAUGUGGCCAAGAGACGCCGCUGGAGAACGUCCUCUUUGCCUCCUUCUACCUCCUGGAUUUCAUCCUGGCUUUUGUUGGCAACUCCCUGGCCCUGUGGCUCUUCGUCCGGGACCACAAGUCCGGCACCCCUGCCAACGUGUUCCUGAUGCACCUGGCCGUGGCCGACCUGUCCUGCGUGCUGGUCCUGCCCACCCGCCUUGUCUACCACUUCUCGGGGAGCCACUGGCCGUUUGGGGAGAUCCCGUGCCGGCUCACCGGCUUCCUCUUCUACCUCAACAUGUAUGCCAGCAUCUACUUUCUCACCUGCAUCAGCGCUGACCGCUUCCUGGCCAUCGUGCACCCUGUCAAGUCCCUCAAGCUCCGCAGGCCCCUCCACGCCCACCUGGCCUGCGCCUUCCUCUGGGUGAUGGUGGCCGUGGCCAUGGCCCCGCUGCUGGUGAGCCCACAGACGGUGCGGACCAACCGCACGGUGGUCUGCCUGCAGCUGUACAGGGAGAAGGCCUCCCAGCACGCCUUUGCGUCUCUGGCCGUUGCCUUCACCUUCCCGUUCGUCACCACGGUCACCUGCUACCUGCUCAUCAUCCGCAGCCUGCGGCAGGGCCCACGCGUGGAGCGGCGCCUCAAGAACAAGGCGGUGCGCAUGAUCGCCGCGGUGCUGGCCAUCUUCCUCGUCUGCUUCGUGCCCUACCACGUCCACCGCUCCAUCUACGUGCUGCGUUACCGUGGCCACCGAGCCUCGUGCGCCGCCCAGCGUGCGCUGGCGCUCGGCAACCGCAUCACGUCCUGCCUCAGCAGCCUCAACGGCGCUCUCGACCCCAUCAUGUACUUCUUUGUGGCCGAGAAGUUCCGAGAUGCCCUGUGCAGCCUGCUGUGUGGCAAGAGGCUCCCGGGGCCGCCCCCCAGCGCCGACGGGAAAACCAACGAGAGCUCACUGAGCGCCAGGUCAGAGCUGUGA